AUGGCACUAGUGUUAUGAUCCCUGAGGUGUGUGGUGUUUACGUGAGGCAGGUGACAGUGACGCAUUCUAGCUUGGAUUAUAGUUAUCACAUAUAACUUGUUCUUAUCCGUAAUAUUCCCCACGGAAAUAACAUGUUCAAGAAAAAGCCAACAGCUAAAGAACAAAUGAGGACUAAUGAUAGACAACUACGUAGAGCUGGUCGAGAUGUGGAACGGGAUCGAAGAGAAUUGGAGAGAGAAGAGAAAAAGUUAGAAAAUGAUAUUAAAAGGUUGGCAAAGUCACCAGGCAACAAGGAGGCUGUUACAUUGCUUGCCAAACAACUAGUUAACAUAAGGAAACAGAAAACAAGAUCUUAUGCAGCAAACAGUAGGAUAUCAUCAGUUGCAGCACAGCAGAAAUCUAUGCAGGCCAAUGUGAAACUUGCUGGUGCUAUGGGUACUGCAACAAAGACCAUGGUGAAUAUGAAUCAGGUCAUGAAACCAGAGGACAUAGCCAAAAAUAUGAGGGAGUUUGAACAGGCAUCUGCUAAACUUGACAUGAGCGAGGAAGUCAUGAAUGAUACUCUUGAUGAUCUCUUAAAUGAAAGUGGGGAUGAGGAGGAAAGUGACGCAAUUGUCAAUCAAGUGCUAGAUGAAAUAGGCAUUGAAAUUGGUGCGAAGGUGGCUGGAGCACCACUGGCCAGGUCAGAUGGUUUGGGAGAGACGAGUCGAGGCCAUGUUAUGACAGACAAAGAACUUGAGGAUUCUCUGGCAAAACUCAGGGCCACAUAGAUUAAGUACUUUAUAAAAAGUCCUAGUGUUUAAGUCAAAGCUUUUUAUUUUACGAAUAAUAAAAUACCAUUGAAUAGUUACUUUUAGGACUUUGGUGAGCAUAAGAAUAUAAUUGUUAAAUAGAUUUGAUUAUCUGUGAUUUAUAUGUGCAAAAGAAAAUAUGUGGGUAUUUAUAUACCGUAAUAGUUUUACUCUCCUGGGCUUUAUGAAAAUUUAAUUGAAUAAGAUUAAUCUGAACUUUUGUUAGUGUAUGUUAAUGAUUAUGAGUUGUAAUCUGUUCAACCUUAUGUCAUUGUCAAGGUUAACAGUUAAAUGGACCCCUGUCCUUGCAGGUGCUGUACUGUACUAACUUACCUUGAUCUAACAACCAUUAGGAUCAGGUCCCAUUACAGCUGGGCUCCAAGCCUAGAAUUUAGGAAAGGUUAGAUUAAAGCCUAUUAGGAGUGAGGUCCAUUUUACUAAUCAUCAUUGGGAUUGAAUAAAGGCUAAGAAUAUUUUAUAUAAGUAAAAUUUUCAGUAAUUUGUUGUUGAGCUAAUACUGUAUAGUAUAUAUACCUGUACUGUGUAUACAUAAAUAUGCGUGACACUGUUACCCAUAAGGAAAAAAAUAAAUUUUAAGAGGGUAAGAAUGUUGUUUUUAGGCAUACCAUGGGCAGCUUUGUAAUAAAUAUACUGGUAAGUACAAUAUUGUACAUGUAUUGAAAAAAAAUCACCGUACACAUUCAAUCAUUAGUUACAUCCUUCUAACGCUUAGAAUUACAGUACAGUACGGUACUUCAACAUUACUGGGACGUCUGUAGUAAAUUACUGUAUUUCUUAUUUAAAAACAAAUAUGGUAAACAUUCUUUGGAGUCUUUGUAAACAUUAAGUUUUAAAUAUUCUGUACAGUAAAUUCAAAAUUUCUCCUAUGAACAGUUCAAGUAUUUUAUUCUUAGACCUAGUGAUUAAAUAGGGCAAAUGGUUCUUUACUGUAUCAAACAGUUACUGUAUAUCUGCUUACAAGCUACAUAUUGCUAGGACAGUACAGUAUGUCUCUACUGACCUGUUGGUUAAUUACAUAUGCUGGAAGUCUCACUUUUUCAACUGUCAUUAAGACUCACCGGCCAAGUUGUCUGAUGGGCAGUUAAGAGAUUGUAGAUAAAUUUUAAGAUUACUUUGCCUUUGGCUAUCUGGCAUGGAUGUUCAUUACUAAUAGCGUCUUCUUUUUUUUAACUGCUAGUUAAAGGAAAAAACAUGCAUGCACACACUGAAUAAAUAUAAACAUGUACACUAAUAUAUUUUGUGCAUUUAUGAUUUAUGAAUAGUUAACACAUUUUUAUUUUAUUCAGUUAAUUCAAUUUUAAAAUCCCAGCAUCUGUGUAAUACAUUUGCUGUUUAUAAGUAUGUAUUCUCUCCCACAAAUUCUUGAGUUACAGUAUUUUCAUAUGUGCAGUAACUUGGCAGACUGCAUGCUUCUACUAGUACUAAUUAUCAUAAGUCUUGUAAUAAAUUCUCAGAUUUUGAAACUGUGUGCCUUGCCUUAUUGUGUCAUAGUGUUCUUCAGUCCCAUUCUGUGACUACAAUUAUUACUAUGGGAGAUAUGUAAAGGUAACAAGUGAAUUAUCUGUGCUUGGGAAUAACAUGUAACCUAGGUUUUAUUGCUGACCUGACCUGAGUUGUGCUGUUUAAAAGUGCUGUACAGGACUUGCUUGUUCUUGACUGGUAUUGAAUAAUAGUGCCAGAAACUGCCUUAUUCUCGAUUGCUGACUUGAGUUGUAAGGUAAAAAAUAAAAGGACUGUCUUGUUCCUGAUCUCCAAGUGGACUUGAAAAAGUUGACUAAGGGUUUUGUGUUCAGAGAUGGUCUCAUCAGACCCAUCUCCAAAAUGAAUUGCCUUUUUACACUUGGAAGGGCUGUUAGUAAAUCUGAAACACUGUCUUUUGAUAUAAGGUUCUGUAAGUACAGUAUUUUUCAGGUUUGUUACAAUGUCAGUGAUGAUUUUAAAACAUCAAGAUUCUGCAUUUCAUUGACAAAUACAAAAUUGGUCUGUACUGAGAGGAAGAUAACCCAAAAUGAACUAGGAAACUCAUAUAAAAUUAAAAUUUCAUUUAAAAGGAAAUUUUUUUUCUAAGUGUGGCCUCUUUUUUUACCAUUAGUUAAUGGUUACAGUAUUGACUACUGUACUAACAAUGCUUAUCAUUUGCUCUCUCUUUCAUGUCACCAAUUCUGCACUUUCAUAAAUUCUUUUCAUCUCACAUUAUCUACCAAAUAUCACCUUUUCAUUUGUAAUAUUUCCUUUUUAUCAUUAUUUUGAUGUUCCACCCAUUCAGUCGGGUAAAGCUGCUAUACUGGGUAUGGCAGACCAUCUUGUAAAGUUCUAUAUAAAAUAUUUAAUAUUAGGGCUUUUCACCUACCGGUAUGUAUAUUCUGAUAACUUAUUUCUCAAGUUAUGGAGAGAAUAGGAGAGGAGAUGAAGGGAAUGAAAGAACAAAGUGAAAUGUAGUGAAGGCAGUCCCUCUGUCGUGACCACCACCUCAGAAGGGAGCGAGGCAGUUAUGAUAAAGAGGAUUUCGUAAAUAUUUGCUUGUACAGUACAGUACAUAAUGUGUGUGAAUUAGUGCACAAGAUCUGGGUAUACAAAUACGGCUUUGAUAAUUAAGUAGUAGUUUACAGUGCUUCAUGAUAAACACUUGUAUGCUUUACUGACAAAAGUACAUUCCUAUCAAAGUUGUUACAGCUGUAUUAGUAUAGGUACAAGAAAAUACUCUUGUCAUGAUAAGGAAUUUUAAUUGUUUGAAAUUUAAUGUAAAGAAAAAUAAUUUUAUAUACAGUAUUUGUAUAUAUAUCUGUAACAGGCAACUAUUCAGACUUCUUAAUACAUGAUUACAGUAAUGUAUAUUAAAUAUAUUCAGUAUGUUAAAUAUAUUUUGCAAUGAAGAA